UAAGAGUGUUCCUUAGAUUUGUUGCCGUUUACUAUACAAGAAUGAGACGAAAAAACGGCUAAGACUGCAAAUUCAUACAAUCGAUGCUGUUCACCACAGCGCUGAGUUAUUUUCUGAUCUCAUGGAGUUCGGUGUUUCUACUCGAUUAUGUGCUACGAAUCAAAAAUUUCACACCAUACGUGAAUUUUGCCAAUAAGUAUGGAUUGGAGGUUGCACCGUUUCAGUUACGUUUCUACACCUCCCGUUAUGCUGACGGUGCAUACCUGACAGCUACUAAGGAGGUUCCAACCAGCCGAAUGUUCAGAUCGUUAUGGUUUUCUGUUGGAGCAUUUUCAGCGCUUGUUUGCCUCGUUGGGAUCUCCAUGUAUCUGACACAUCUUCUCUAUCGAGAUGUUUCUUUCCUCCUGUCUUUGCGGCCAAAAGUAGCACCUUACCGUUCCGCACACCCAAUGGCGGCCAUACUCCGUACAGAGAUAUCGACUCCUGAUGAUCUUCCUCCAUCACCGACGGAGGAAUUCGAUGUGCUGGAUGCAUCUGAUUCGGAAACAGGUCUUGUGCCAAUCAUACCCGGAGUAAACUUACCGUGGAGUCAUAUACCUAUAUUCAUGGUUGUCUUGGCCACAGCAGCUAUCAUACACGAGCUCGGCCAUUCAUCAGCAGCAAAGACUUACAAUGUACGUGUUAAUGGUUUUGGAAUAUUUUUAUUAGGGUUGUAUCCAGGAGCGUUUACGGACAUUGAUCCAGAAUCCUUGCGACGUAGUCACCCUCGCCACCGUCUUGAAAUAUUUGGAGGUGGUAUUUGGCACAAUCUCAUACUAGCUGGUAUUGCAUAUCUAAUGUUUCUAUGGACCCCAUACUUUCUGUCUCCAUUUUUUGCACAAGGCAAUGGUGUGACCGUGACAGGUGUUGAUUCACGUUCUGGUUUAUAUGGCGUCGGUGGUUUGUCAGAAGGAAAUGUUGUUUUGUCUAUCGAUGAUUGUGCGAUAAGGAAGCAAGAAGAUUGGCGGAAAUGUGUACGACAUCUGGAAAAGGAAAAACACGGACAGUGUGUUCCUCGUUCUGCUGUGGAAGCAUCCCUGGCGACUAAAACAUCCAUGUCUGUGGACGAGUUGCACUGCUGUGACGAUUUUACAAAUAUAACGCAAGCGCAUAUGUGCUUUGAGUCUAUGCUUGACGUAACCACCAAAGAGUAUGUUACCAAAGCAAUAUCGCUGAACAGCGUGCUACGUGUUGGAACAGUUGGACCAGUCCAGGAAGUGGCACAUGAGAAACGAAGGCGCAGGAAGCAUUUCAGUUGCCUUUCGGCACAAUAUGUUACCUCACAGCCCACCUGUAACAAGACCACUGAUUGUGCUAGGAGCGCUGAAGGAGGCGAGCAAAUUUGCGUUUUCCCAGCAUUGUUUAAUGGGACGCAGUUGGCUCGGAUAAAAGUUAAAGAUCAUCAAAGACCGGUGUUAUACGUGGGUGACUUAGAUGAGUUGAUCACAUAUGUAAGAAUCGAUCCAUUGGUGGCUAGGACUACACUUGUACCGCACCACUGGGCCGAAACAGUAGAGCUUGUGCCGAAGUACCUGUUCACCUUGUCACUAGCCCUGGGUCUACUCAAUAGUGUGCCUUGUUAUGCUCUUGACGGACAGUACAUUGUAAUCACCUCGAUUAAUUGGGCGUUUAGGAUGUUUGCUAGACGACGGCGGCAACAGCUGAUUUCACUGAUUCUCACAUUGGGAACUUUUCUUCUCGUCGCGAACGUCAUUGUAGGUUUCGUUAAAAUGGCUAUCUAA